GAGAGAGAAUUAAAGCUGGAAAGUAAAAGAAAGCCCAGAUCAUGGAGGGAGUGGUGGUGGUGGUGGUGGUGGUGGAAGAGGGGUCCCCUGCAGGGCAAAAAGGUCCGCUUUUAAGUGUGGUCUCCUCUGCUCUCCCCUACAAAUACCACCACAUCCCCCUCGUUCUCCUUAGAACCAAAGGCACGCCAAAGGCUUAGGGAGCCCCUCUUCAGGAGAAUAAGAGGCGUGCUGUAAGGCUUGUUGAUGUGUUCCUAAUUGGUUGAGGUGAACUUCAGCUCCAUCUUCUGAGACUUCAUUUGAAGCUACCUUGCUAACACUAAAGCAGCUAGCCUUACAACGUACCAUCUUCUUUCUCUCUUAUUUCUACCAGUGAGGUAAAAACGGUGCUUGUCCGAUCGAUCGUAUCGUUACGUACUAAUUAAGACGUGAUCGUUCCAGAAGAUGUCAGCGGCCGUGUACAGAAGCCCGGCCGCGGCCGCGUUCCAGCUGCCUAGCUGGUUUGCUCCUGCCGUUCCCGCCGAGAAGGACGAGGACCGGCCCGGGCAAUUAGACAUAUGGAACUCCAUCCAGGCCGAGAAGAAGGCCAAGGCAGCUGCAGCAUCUGCCGAUGGCCCUCCGCCUUAUGUCCACCCCCUCGUCCGCCGCUCCUCCCGCCUGAUGAGCCAGAAGAGCCUCGAGGUCUGCACCGAGGCGCUCGGCUCGGAGUCCGGCUCCGAUGUCGUCGGCUUCUCCUCCUUCCUCUCCGACAACAUGGCCUGCCGGUCAUUUACUCUGGAAACGGAAUGUACGGAGAAGAAUUUGGCAUCAGAGUCGCUGCUGCAUGAGGCAGCAAAGACGGAAGAUAGGGAAGCAGAAGCGAAGGAGCUCAAGUCGGUGAACUACCACUGCUCAGGGAGCAGGCGCUUGCCGCCGCGGUCCUUUCCCCCACCGCUGCCUUCCAUCUCGCGGCGCGAUGGGCAGCCCUGCCUCAAGAUGCGUCCCCACCGCCGCGACGGCCGCCUCAUUGUCGAGGCUGUCCCGGUCCCCUCCCACAACUACCUUCACGCCCAGCGCCAGCAUGGCUGCCUGCGCCUCUCGUUCAUCGACACCUCCGCCGCCGUCCAAGGAACAUGCCGUGAUCAACGUGGCGCUGUCCAAGUCGUGGAGGACCCAUCAAAUCAAGAAUCGGCCGCAUUACAGGCAAAGCAAGGUGAAGAGAAAGAAGUAGGAAAUGAGCAGGAGGAGAAGAAUUAUGAUGAGGAGGAAGAGUUGGAGGAAGAAGAGGAGGAAGUGGAAGUGGUGGACAGGGGGACGGUAAUAGAGGUGAAGGUGACCACACAACCACAGCAGCAGAGCGGCGGCGGCAGCGGCACUGCCGCGAAGGUGCACCGCUCGUCGGUCGUCAUCAACAAGUUCGUGGGCGGGGCACCGUUGACCGACCAGUCCGCAUGGUCAACGCAUUCAACGGAUGAGUCCCAAAAAGACGAUGGAAAAGAAGAGAAGAUCAAGAACUGCCACGUUGGCUACACCACGACGACGGCGGCGGCAGCAGUGGCUGCAGCGGCCACGUCAUCUGUGGGCUACGACUGGUGCGGAAAAGGGAGCCCACUGGCUACGGGGGAUGGGGAUGGGUGCGAGGUGGCGACGACGGAGGCGAAGAUGCUGUUCACGACGACAUCGAGGGCCAGACGGAGCAAAGAGGAGCUGCUCCGGCACAUGAGGCGGUGCAACCAGCUACGGCGGCGGCCGCUUUUCAUCUGGGAGCCCUGCUGCAUCGCCACCUCAUCUUGAGACCUCACCAAUUAAUUCAGUUCGCGGGCCUUCGCUGAUUAUUUAUCCUUUUAAUAAUUUACGUCAUUGCCAUCGGGUGACCCUCAACGGAUCUCUAAUAUAUAUUUAUUAUUAUAUAUAAUUGUUCUUCGUGCACGUGCGAGCUGUGAUUCGCCGCUCUUCCGUUUGGUGCGUGAUGAUGAUAAAAUUAUAUAACUAAUAAUAGUGGGAUUUGACUGUUUGAGUAAGAGUUGACUAAUGAGAGAAUGUUUAAUUUCCGCUCUAAA